AUGUCUUCUGACUCUGCCGAAGUGGCGGAGGAUUAUCGCCUCGCCCUGGAGGACCUCUCCUCCAACAUGCGAUUCGAAAUCAGCAACCUGACAGUAAUUGCGCGAGAAAACACGGAGCACGCUCUGGCCAUCGCAGAGGCCCUGCAGCAGCACAUCCUCAAGGCACCACCCAACAAGAAACUUCCCGCCCUUUAUGUGCUGGACUCGAUCGUCAAGAAUGUUGGCACUCCGUACACCCUUUACUUUGGCCGCAACCUGUUCAAGACAUUCAUGGAGUCGUAUGCUGUGGUCGACCAGCCCGUCCGUCGCAAGAUGGAGGAGAUGUUGAGGACCUGGAAGGAGCCCGUUCCUGGAUCGAUGGAUAGCCGACCUGUCUUCACACAUGAGCUGGUGCGCCCGAUUGAAAAUGCGCUCAUGAGAGCACGAGCUGCAAGCAUGCCUCCGCAAGGGAUGAUGCCGGGCAGAGCUCGUUCAGCCAUGCCGCAUCGUGAUACUCCCACACCUCCCGGAAUGCGAGGCAAUGGCGCGCCACAGGGAUACCCAGCGCAACAAUACCCACCCCAGAACGGCAACUCACCCUUCCCCGGCCAACAGGCCCCGUUCUAUCCCCCUCACUCAACCCCUCAGCCUGCUGGUUCAGCCCCCGCGCCUUUCCAACCUCCGUAUGCAGGAGUGCAUGGAGCCGCUGGACCGGUCGCACCUGCUGGAAUAAGCAUAGAAACAUUGAGCAAGGACAUUCAGAACCUGAUUGUGGCGACGAAGGCGGAAUUUUCGCACAACCCCCAUGAUGCUAGUGUUCAGAACAGACUAAGAGCCCUCCUGGACCUCCAAGGCAUUGUGCAAAGCACUAGCUUGCCGCCGGACCAGCUCGAGCUCAUUAAGAACAAAGUAACUGAACUUGCUGCCGUAAACAUGAGGGGCCUCUCGGCCCAGAACUCUACCCCUACGCCUGCAACCGUACCUCCCCAGGCACCGCCGGCACCUCCGGUGGCUGUAACUCCCUCGCCCGCGCCCGCGACUUCGGCCAUCGGGAGCGUGACGCUCGACUCGCUGCUGGGACCGGGUGCGUUGGCGGCCUUGAUGGCGAGACAGUCGGCGACUCCGCAGAAUGCGACACCAACCCCAACCCCUCCGUAUGCUAAUGUGGCUAUCCGAUCACCACCGCCGACUCACACCGAGCCACCGAAGCCCGCUGCGGCCCCGGCGCCCUCACCAGCCCCAGCAGCUCCGGCACAGGCACCGAACCCGUUGGCGUUGCUUGACCAGCUUCGGCUGGCUGGUAUGUUGCCAGCGGCCACUCCUCCAGCGCCCCCAGUCGCGCCGCCUCCGGCAUCGAUAUUGCCUGCCAACAUUGCGAGUAUCCUGGCUUCUACCAAGGCUGCCGCUGGCCUCAUGAGAUUUGACAUUGCACCGGGCAGGGGAGUCAACGCUGCUGCUCUAAAGCAACCAUUCCAUCCGUCCUUGCUUUCCCGUCUAUAUGAUGAGCUUGGACCGGCGUGUACCCAGUGUGGCCGACGGUUCAAGACGGAUGAGGAGGGAAGGAAGAAGAAGACGGCUCACAUGGACUGGCAUUUCCGAGUUCAUCAACGAAGCAAUGAGGCCGAGAAGAGGGGCAUGCACCGGAGUUGGUAUGUUGACCAACAUGACUGGGUAAAGUCACGAGAAGUCGUUGAUGCGGACCACAUUCCCGCCCCUGACGAGGCCUCGGCACAGGCAGUCAAGGCAGCGGCAGAGGCUGCGAAGCCCAAGUAUAUUCCCGUUCCUGAACCGUCCAAGGGCAUCAAUACAGUGUGCCCGAUCUGCCAGGAUCGGUUCGAGAAUAAGUGGCUAGACACGGCGCAGGAGUGGGUGUGGCUGGAUGCCGUCCUGGUAGGCAACCGGGCAUAUCACGCCUCGUGCCACGCCGAGGCAACACAAGACCGAGAGAGCACGCCUGGUAUUACACGGCCACCUGAGUCGUUGCUCGGAAAGCGCAAGGCCGACACGAGCAUGUCAUCUCCUAAAGUGCGGUCAUUGAAGACCUUACUUUUGGGGAGGAUGCAUUGCUGGAGAGCCGUUUUUUUGACGAUGAUUUUUUUUGAGAAGGGGAGAACCAUGGAGGAUUUGGGGCCACGCCUGCACCUUGGAUGGCACAUCACGCACAUAGCACAUAGCUCGACCAAUUCUGCGUCCCUGUGCCUCCUUCCCCCCUCCAACGAAGCGAUCAUGGCCGUCGACUGCCCCAUCUGCAACAAGCCGGUCAAGCCGUCCGAGAUCAACAGCCACCUCGACUCGGGCUGCACCAGCUUCAUCUUCGACAAAGACAAGGACCCCACACCGCCGCAGACGCAGACGCCCCAGGCCGCCGGCUCGCAGAAGCGCUCCGCGUCGACCUUCUUCUCCACGCCCGCCCCGAAGCGACAAAUCGCCCCUGACGGCCGUGUGGCGACGACGCCCGUCAAUGGCGCCUUGCAGCCCGUGAUAGGCAAGAAGCGGACGUUCGAGGAAGGCCCCGGGGCCGUGUUCGGAACUGGGCUGCGCGUGAAGCUGGAGGCGACGGCUGAGGAACGAGACGGCGAGGCGACUCCCGGCGCUGUCAAGAAUGAGCAGGAUGCGGACGGACGGGUGGUGAAGAAGACCAAGACGCACCGCUCAGCGCCGUUGGCAGAGCGCAUGCGGCCGCGGACGCUCGACCAGGUCUGCGGACAGGAGCUCGUGGGCCCCAACGGCGUGCUGCGCUCGCUGAUCGAGUCCAACCGCGUGCCGUCGAUGAUCCUCUGGGGUGCUUCGGGCACGGGCAAGACGACCAUCGCGCGGUGCAUCGCCAACAUGGUCGGCAGCCGCUUCAUCGAGCUCAACGCCACCAGCACGGGCGUCGGCGAGGUCAAGAAGCUGUUCCAGGAGGCCAUCAACGACGCCGCGCUCACGGGCCGCAAGACCAUCAUCUUCUGCGACGAGAUCCACCGCUUCAACAAGGCGCAGCAGGACGUCUUCCUCAAGCCCGUCGAGGACGGCACCGUCACGCUGAUCGGCGCCACCACCGAGAACCCGUCCUUCAAGGUCGCCAACGCGCUGCUCUCGCGAUGCCGCACCUUCACCCUGCAGGCGCUCACCACCGAGGACGUCGUGCGCAUCCUCAAGCGCGCGCUGGAGGAGGAGGCGUCCGUCUACCCGCCGACGCCGCUCCUCGACGACGCCAUGGUCUCAUACCUCGCCCGCUUCAGUGACGGCGAUGCCCGCACCGCCCUCAACCUCCUCGAGCUCGCCCUCUCGCUCACCACCCGCGAAGGCAUCACGCAGGAGGACAUCAAGGCGUCCCUCACCAAGACGCUCGUGUACGACCGCGCCGGCGACCAGCACUACGACACCAUCUCGGCCUUCCACAAGUCAGUCCGCGGCAAUGACCCGGAUGCCGCCCUCUACUACCUGGCCCGCAUGCUGCAGUCCGGCGAAGACCCGCUGUUCAUCGCCCGCCGCAUGGUCGUCAUCGCCUCCGAGGACGUGGGCCUCGCCGACAACACCCUGCUCCCGCUCGCCACCGCCGCCUACACGGCCACCCAGCAGAUCGGCAUGCCCGAGGCGCGCAUCCCUCUCGCCCACUGCGCCGUGGCACUGUGCGCCGCCAACAAGAGCACGCGCGCCUACCGCGGCCUCAACAACGCAUACGCUGCCCUGCGCGAACCGGGCGUCGCCAGCCUCCCCGUGCCGCUCCACCUGCGCAAUGCCCCGACUCGCCUGAUGCGCGAUCUGGGCUACGGCGCCGAGUACAAGUACCCGCCCAACUACCGCGAUGGCCUGGUCCGCCAGACGUAUCUUCCCGACGAGCUCGUGGGUAGGACGUUCCUCGAGGAGCGGGACUUGGGCACCGAAGUGGACCCUGAUAUGGCCAUGGGUGGCACAUAG